GCCAGUCAGUCGGAGGUAACGGUAGCUAAGAGAAGCAUCUCGGGAUUACGAGAAGCACUACGAUAUCAUAAUAUUGCAUUUGGCAAAACUUUAUGGGCAUAUCUGAAGUGACGACUGUGAAAUAUAUGGUUCCAAACUUCCAAUUCGCAAGUGCCGCCGAACCGUGUAUCUUAAGAAUUGCAGGCCAUAUCGAGGUUCCCGUUCCCUUUACGAUACAACUGGACAUUCUCUGCGCCAUAAAAAUAAAACUCGGUUGGCGAUUGCUAGUGCCCCCAGCGCAUUGAACGUAAAAACAACAAACCUAACAAAAUCCCCACCCAUUUUAGCCCGAAAGUGCUAUAAUAGUGCUUGUUUAUCGUGCAGCUACUCCGAUAUCAGAGAGUCGCCGGUACUACCGAUAAUUUCCCCUCGCUGGCAAAUUCCGCAGACCUUCAAUGCCGCUGGGCUUUAUAUAUCUUUAGGGAACCAGAGCGACUGGUACCUCAAUUGGAACUCGAAGGUUGAGGUCCCCGGUUGCGGGCCGAUUUAAGGAUUGAAAAACCGGAGCGGUCUGGCAGUGUCUUGUUAAGUCCUCAAAGUUGAGUCCUUUAAAGGAUACAUCACUUGUGAUUCCCGGAUACCAGUGUAAAAAUCAAACAACACAUUAUGAGUUUCAAUUCCAAGUAUCACAUCGAUGUGGACUUCGAGGUGCCCAAGAAGCUGCAAUGGUACUACGCCCCCGCCUUCUUCGGCUUCUGGCUGGUGCUCUACCUCUCGCUGGUCAACACCCAGAUGAACCACAUGCCCCAGCCACUGACGCGCAGCGAUGAGGCCAGUCACCCGGGCUCCUUCAUUGCCCAGCGGGCCGAAGACACCCUGAUCGAGCUGACCCGGAUUGGACCGCGGGUUGUGGGCAGCAUGGCCAACGAGGAGACCGCCGUGGAGUUCCUACGCGCCGAGGUGGCCAAGGUUGAGGCCGAGAUGAGCGAUCGACUCGAGAUCGAGGUGGAUGUGCAGCAGGCAAGCGGGGCAUAUAUGCACUGGGAGAUGGUCAACAUGUACCAGGGCAUCCAGAAUGUGGUGGUGAGGCUGUCGGAAAGGAACUCCACCAACGAGAACUACCUGCUGAUCAACAGUCACUACGAUUCGGUGCCCGGGAGUCCAGGAGCCGGCGACGAUGGUUCCAUGGUCGUGACCAUGCUGGAGGUGAUGCGAGUGCUGGCCAAGUCCGGCGACCCACUGGCCCAUCCCAUUGUCUUCCUAUUCAACGGAGCCGAGGAGAAUCCCCUGCAGGCAUCGCACGCCUUCAUCACCCAGCACAAGUGGGCCAAAAACUGCAAAGCUCUCGUCAACUUGGAUUCUGCUGGCAGUGGUGGCCGGGAGAUUCUGUUCCAAUCGGGACCCAAUCAUCCGUGGCUGAUGAACUAUUACAGGAAUGUGCCGCAUCCCUUCGCUAAUACACUGGCCGAGGAGCUUUUCCAGGCAGGCUAUAUUCCCUCCGACACCGAUUUUAGAAUCUUCCGUGAUUAUGGAGGAGUUCCCGGUCUGGAUAUGGCCUACAUCUUCAAUGGCUACGUGUAUCACACUAAGUAUGACAGGAUCAAUGCAUUUCCGCGGGCCUCUUUUCAGCACACAGGGGAUAAUGUUUUAUCACUGGCCCGUUCCUUGGCCAAUGCUCCGGAGCUGGAUGAUACGGCGGCCCAUUCCGAGGGACACAACAUCUUCUACGACUUUCUUGGCUGGUUCAUGAUCUUCUACACGGAAACUACGAGCAUCAUUGUAAACGUGGUGGUCACACUACUUGCUCUUCUGGGCAUCGGUAUAUCCCUGUACUUUAUGUCAGUUCGCUCGGGAUGCAGUUGGAAGGGUGUCCUCCUUCGAUUUUCCAUCACCAUUGCCGUACAGUUUAUCUCUCUGCUUUUGGCCCUUGGUCUUGCACUUUUGGUAGCUGUUUUUAUGGAUGGUGUGAAUCGAUCGAUGUCUUGGUUCACCUCUUCUUGGACUAUCUUUGGUCUGUAUCUGACACCCAUUAUCUUCGGGCUGAGCAUUCUGCCCGCUUUGUAUCUGGAGAAGACGAAAAGGGACCCCUUGGGCCUGGGAUUCCGCAUCCAACUAUUCAUGCACUCGCACUGCAUCUGCCUGAUUGCCAUAAUGCUCACCCUGACCGGUUUGAGUAUAAGAUCCGCCUAUCUGAUAAUGCUCUGUGUGCUGUUCGACAUCGUAGCGCUCAUUGUGAACCUGGUAACAAAGUGGCACCGAAAGGCCUACUUGUUCGCCAUUGCCGUCACCGUCUGCCAGAUCCUGCCAUUCGUCUUCUUCACAUAUCUGUGCACCGUGGCUCUGGUGACCAUAAUGCCGAUGCAGGGACGAUCAGGAUCCUCAACAAAUCCGGAUAUGGUUAUAGCAGCUCUAGUUUGGCUAUUUUCCCUCAUGUUCGCUGGAUUUAUUGCUCCACUUAUCAUGUUCUUCCGCAAGACGAGAACGAUAGUCCUGUGCUUCCUAGGAAUCACCAUUCUGUUCAUUAUUAUUGCUGUCACAAAUGCCGGAUUUCCAUACAAAGAAAAGACUUCGCCACAGCGUUACUCUUUGAUUCAUGCCCACCGUCGUCUGCAUAACGCCGAUGGAAGUUCUCGUAUCGAUGAGUCUGGCUUGUAUAUUUAUCCACAAGAUCGCCGCUUUGAGGUUGCGCGAGAUGACAUCGAUGCCAUUGGAGAGGUACACAAAGUAAGCGACUUUUGCGAUGAGGAAAUGUUUUGUGGCAUGCCGCUUUAUAACCACCGUUGGAACAAAGCCAGGGAGUACAGUCUUUGGAUCGAAACGUCGGAACCGCCCGAGAUACCUACCGACUAUCCCAUUUUGGUGCUACAAGACACCAUCGAACUGGAGAGUCCCACGCAAAGGAGGUUUAACUUCACCGUGGGAGGACCUUCUCACAUGGGAAUAUUCAUCAAUGUAAAAAACGAUGCAAAGAUACUGAACUGGUCCUUCAAUGACACCCUCAUACGAGAACAGGCGGAACCACCGUAUAUGGUGUACUUCUCCUACGGACUGGACGACAGUGCUCUUGAGUUCUCCAUCGAUGUUGAGAAGACGACCUCAACGUUUGACACGUCCACCCUAGAGAUUGGUAUCGGGGGUCACUGGGUGACCCAGGACAUCACUGCUAUCGAAAAGCUCAGCAGUUACAUUAGUCGAUUUCCGUCCUAUACCUAUAUUCAGGGCUGGGUCGGCACCUACGAGACCUGGUACUUCUAAGGCCAAGCCACAAUUGAUAUUGCUUCUGAUUUACUAAUUGUAGUCGUUAAGCGUUAACAAUUAACUGUAUAGAAUCUGAUACAAAAUUACAUAUUUUAUUAAACUACAUUACGAAUACUAUAA